UUUCACUCCAAAUAGGGGAAAAACUAUGAUGUUAUGAUCAUACCUAAAGUACGGCGGCAACAGUGUGGUUCUGGUUAACAAUCGUUUUCAUUUUGGAAGGAUACAUUCGCUUAAGCACAUGAGAGUGAGUUGAGUUUAGUUGUUUAUUUGUUUUACUGCCACGGAAGAAUAAAAAUAAAUAACAGAAUCAUGAUGGCGAUGAUUCUUUUUCGAAUUAAAAUAACAGAUUCAAAAUAAUGUAGUUCUGAUGUAGUCUCCAAAAUUCAGUAUAAAUAAGAAGAGAUGCCUUCCAACGAUCGAUACAGCAGUGCUUCUAAUAGCAAUCAACCGACUGUUACACGAACUGUCACAAAGAGUGUGGUUCCUGUGAGUUCCACAGAUUUAGUGGAUCCAGAUGUCUUAUUUACUAAAAAGCAUGAGGAAUGGACGACGAGUAAAAGAGUUGUAAACCACAAAACAAAACAGGUCGAAACGCGUGUGCAAAGACAACUGAUUUUAGAAGACGGUCGAGUUGUAGCUGAUUCUGGGCCUCAAGUAACUACAAAAACGAAAGAAGAUAAUCGCACUGAAGAAUCUGAAAAUACUGAACAUAAGACCACCGGAGAUGACCCACCGGGGGAUGGUUAUGUUAUGGUUCCCGGUUCUGCUAGGGUCAUUAGCGAAAAGACUGAAAGCAAUCAGACAGUGACUGAGACAAAAGAAGAGAAUCGGCAACUCCACGAUGAGAAUAUUCGAGAUCUUUCUGGAGAGGAAAUUCAUCAAAGAACCAUCAUUUCGCCUGAUGAUCCAAGUUUUGGAAAUUCUUUUGGAGAUUUUCCAGGAAAGCUCACACAUUUCUCCAGUAGGUCUCAAAAGAUAGUUGACAAAGACGAAGUGAAAGAAACAUCAGAACUUAAAGAUGGUGAAGUAUCUACAGAGACUGUCAGAACGCAUCAUCACGAGGAGGCAUAUGAUGACGAAGUACCGGAAGAAGAAGCUGAGGAAGGAAUGGUUCCAGAAAGAUCCGGGGAAACGGCGCGUACAAUUCAAUACUAUACAGACCCGAAAGAAUUUCAGAAAGUUUCUGAUCAAUUGGAAGAAGAAUCAAGGAGAUCGAGAAUUUUAAACCAUAGACAAAAUGGUCAAGAAUUUCCAGCUGUCACACAUAGAUGGGUCGACGACCACUUUGGAGGACCCAAAGAAAUAACGAACGAUGUCCGAAACGAAAAUAUAAGGACAAGGUCAGGAGGAAACAGAAUAACCAUUGAAAUGUCACCUCAUAGAUCAAGCCCGAGUGAAUUAUCACCAAGGGGUACUCUAAACAAAGAUCAAUCAAGAACCUCUACUUUAAAAAACCGUCAAUCGACAGCCAGUUGGCGCAAUGAGCAUAGCCCAUCUCCACCAUAUCCUCCAAGCACGCCAGUGCACAACAAUACCUUGGGACGAUCAACUGCAUCCCCUUUUGAAGUGUCUUCUAGUUCAGGAUCAUCUAGGUCAAAGACGCCUGUUAAAACAUUUUACCUUGGCGAGGACAACACAUACCAACGAGACCACAUUAACAGUUGGAAGAAAAAGAACAAUUCUUUCACAGAUGGUUUUAGUUCGCCUUAUUCUGUUGGAGACAGCAACUCUUUAGGACGAUCGAAUCUUUCAGGGCAUUAUGGAGAACGUAGCGAUUCUUUUUACCGUAUACCUAAAAGCAAAUUAACCGAUCCCAUCAGAUACGAUGCUUUAAACAACGGUGUAUUAUACAGCAAAGUUUCCCGAGUCAAAACAGAUAAGAACGUUCAAGCUUCCCUAUCAGAUGAGGAAGACGAUCCAGUUUUGAAGAGUAUGGGAAGGGAACGGUCUUUUAGUCCAUCCCGGCCAGCGAACGGUAGAAGUACCUUAACCAUCCCCAGAACAGUGAAAAUUACAAAAGAAGAAGUCAAAUCUCCAUAUACAACCAAUUCCCUAUCCCAUUCAAAAUAUUACAAAUCUUCUGAUUCGUUGCACUCACCUGGCUAUGGCAGCUAUUAUUCUUCAAACGACUACGGCAGCCACCGCAAUUCGUCUCCGAUUUACAAUAAUUCAUCUUUUCAUAAAGACAUCAGAGAAAAUGGCUACCACAAAAGCGACUGGACUGGGUCCCAUCACAACGACACCUAUACGAAAAAUCGUACACAUGAAAUUAAAAUUAAUAAGAAAAACAGCCAUGAUUUGCUUACAAACGGCUCCAGUAGAAAAGUCAAAACUUCAGAAUCACCUCAUUGGUAUCAGUCUUCCAAAUCUAGAAAAAUACCUACCUCACCCCCAGAGUCUGGAUACCAAUCGCCUUUUCCACCAACUCCGCCUUCAAGCCCCCCACCAAGGGUGAUCAAAGUAUUGAAUUCUGACCACUAUGGUAGCUCUUCUUCCAUGUCUCCCCCUGAUUCUCCAAUACAUCAUUCCACCGCAUCCAUCAAGAAAAAAUCUUCUUUUCCAUCAGGGAGUGCUUCUAGGUCAAAGUCAUCACACGAUUUAAGAACGUCUUCUCUUUUUGCACCGGAAAGUUUCAGUCCUUUGGCUAGUCCUUUGAAGUUGAAGACGAUGGGAGAGAAGAAAGAUAAUCAGAAGUAUUAUCGGGUCAAGCCUGGACAAGAUGGACAAUCUGUUGUGGUACAAGUAAGGGACUGGCAUGCUCGUUGAGUUUGUCUUUUGAGUUAUUGUUUUGCUGGUUUGAAACUCGUAAGCUAAACAUUUUAGCUAAUGGACUGAGACUCAACAAAACUUUUCAAUUACUUUAACAAAAUUAAACAAAAAAAAUGGUGAAUAUCGAAAAGUGGACAUUGAAAAGUCUUGACAAUUGGUGUUUGCAUUGUCACCUAUGUUACUUAAAAUCUUAUUGAUAUUAGAUUUCAUACUAUUAAGGAUUUUAUUUAUGUUGAUGCUUGGAAUGUUUGUUGCCAAAACUCAUGAGAGAAAUGCUGAUUGUUUAACUAAAUGUACUAUAACCUAACGUUUCUAAUUUUUUUAAUGGAACGUUCAUUUUUUUUCUUCUACAGGGUGAACCAUAAAACCGCAUAAAGUUAGAAUUCUCUUAUAUUACGCAAUAAAAAUGUUAGAGAGGUAUAAUCAUGCUGAUAUCGAAAUCGUGCUUUUGCUUUCCACCACAGCAAAAAAGCUCACAGAUGCAAUUCUUGUACGCUUGAAUUUUUGUUGGCAUUAAUUUUAUAAUUUGUGCGUACAAUAAUGCAUCUAAGUAGUUUUCACAGGCUAUUGCAUCACAUCCAUUUCCUUCAUUUGUUGAAUUCCUCUAAGAAAUGAAAACAAUGCAGAAAUUCUCCCUGCAAAUACGACACUUAUGCGGAUUUUUUGAAACACUCUGUACCAUUUUACGUAUAGUGACUAAAUGCCUUCCAAGCAAAAAUUUUCCUAAUAAAUUUUGCAAGCGUAACUGCUAAAAAUGUUUUUCAAAUGUAAACAGAAUGGUAACAUGCUCAAAUAUUGUUCAAAAUGCGUAUAAAAUGUCCUAAAUAAGUAUAAUAACUAAUAUUGUAAGUACAGAAAUACAGUAUUUUAUAUAUACUAUAUUAAUCACAUGAAAAAAAAUCAAGAUUCGAAAUUGAGCAGCCAUUUAGUUAUAUUAAUUUCUUACAGUAAAAUUAAAAUGUUAUGUUUCUCUUCCGAUAGUUUGAAAUUCGGUAAAAAAUAAUACCUUAGGCCCAAAUGUAAAAUUUUAAGCAAAGGAAUUAAUAGAUGAACUGAAUUCAUUUUUGUUAACUUUCUUAAUUUAUUAAUUUGUUCUUAAAAAUCAUUGUUCUUAAAAAUUUUAUUGCUAGGUAAAUUAGAAUAAUUACGAUGUUAAAACUGUGAAUUCCAAUCUAAUUUUAAAUAAAUUGGAAUAUAUAGGUUCUAGCAGUAAAUUAAUAUAAAG